AUGAAGAGAAGAAUUUCUUUUGGAAAUAAUAAUAGGCAAGCUGUCAACAAAGAUGAUGCCUUUCUUCCAUUUCAUCCUAAACAGUGGAAAUAUUUGAAAGAUCUUGUCAUAAAUGGUGAAACCAACCCUGAUAGUUCAAAAAAGAUAAUUGAUCUUUUAAUAGCUAUGGAACAAAGAGAUGCCGUUGAAGGUAGACUUGGUUUGGCUUUAACCUAUGAGAUUUAUAAUUCUUUCUAUCAUCUUCAUAAAUUAAAUAGAAAUAAUAAUACUGAAGGAGCUGCUCUUCAGUCUGUCUUAGCAUGUGCUCUUCAAAGGAGUGUUAAUCAUUUACAUGAUGUUUACGGUCAUUUGGAAGGUGGACCAUCACCAACAUACAGAAGGACUAUGGAGUAUUUUAAGUUACCAAGUAUAAUUGCUUCCUACAGAAAUGAUAUUGCACAUGGGAAAUAUCCAACAAUUGACAGUAUGAUUGAUGCCAUGGUUGAAAUUAGAAAAGUAGUCAUUAAUUGUUAUUGGAAACCAUUUGAAGGAAAUCCAAGUGGUGUAAUAGUUGAAGACGGGAAAGAAACAUUAUUUGCAGAUUUUGUUAGAAAAAGUCGUAUUUUCAUUCUUAAAUCAAAUGUCAAUGUACCCAAUGAGGAAGAUGAAAGAUUAUUAAAAGAUAUGGUAUUGAAAUCUAUUGAAUAUGAUUUUGAUUAUUUUGGAAAAUCUUUCUUUUCACCAGCUUUUGCAAUUGAAGAUUUGGAUGGAUUUUCCCUUAAAGCUCUUCCUCAUCCUGUACCUUAUUCUGAUUUAAACAUUAAUGAUGGAUUAAAUAAGCUUAUCUCAUUAAUUUACCAUUCUCUCAAAAAAACAGGAAAUGUUUUUUAUUUUUGCGUAUAUGGAUUUCAAAGCAUUUUCCUUGAAUCUUCUGAAUUUAUUAAAAAAAGAAAGGAAUCUUUCUUUGUUUCUUGUAUUAAAAAAAUUAUCAAGGAAGGUCAUUGGUUUUCUAUUUGUGAAAUUGUUCAACUUCUUAAGUGGGAACUUAAUUCACCUUUGUCAGAGUCUCUUUUUGAAGGUGUGGCUUCCGAAAGUAGAGAUAGUACAAGAAUUGCAAAGGAACUUGAAAAACUUAUGAUUCCAGAUGUUGGAGAAUUUGAACCAACUCCUAGAAAUGGUGGAGUUUCAGAUGCUAGAAUUAUUAAGUAUAAUUAUGUUGUUUCUAACGAAAUAAUACCCUGUAAGUUGGAGAAAAUACUUAUUUCACCUAUUUUUAUAUAA